GCCUAAAACUCGUUGUGAGGGACCCGGAAAUGUUUGGGGCCGCUGCGGAGGAUGGGGCAAGUGGCCGGGAACUCACGAGUCGGACCCAGACGGGAACCUGGAUUCGGGGUGACAAACAGAGAAGAGGCUGGCGAUGGGGGACAUUUUUAGAAUAUGCUGCUGGGAGCACCGGGUUUCAGAGUCAUAGGUAGUGGUUUGAGCUUGGGGUCGUCGGGGUUUGUGGGUCUUUGGGAUGACAGGUAGAUGCUGCAGGGGUGGCAAAGGCCUGGGAUUAUGGUUAGGGAGGGUUCUGGGAUCAGAUUGAGAAAUCGGUGCUCCUGUGUUUGGGGGGACCUGGGAAUGGGUGGUGGCCACCUGAGAUCUGGGGCGGUCAGAGGCUGUUGGGCUUGUGAGUGGGCCACAUGGAUGUGGAGGCACUUAGGAGCCGGAUUAGUGGGUUGUGGAGACAAGAGUUGGGGUCCGACCUGGGCCAAGACUCACAAAUACAUUGGAAAGUGCACAUUUGGGGUUUUCUGUGGAUUCCGAUGGUCUCAUUUCAGGGGUGAAGGAAGGCCCAUCAGGGAGGUCAGGAAAGGCUUAGGGUUGAAGGGCUUAGAAUGAGUUCCAAGAGCCUGGGAGGUAACCAUGGGGGCACUACUGGCACCUGCACCAAGUGCCUUCCUCUCUGCCCCCCAUCCCUGCCUCCCAAACUCAGACAUAAACGAGCUGAACCUGCCCAAGACCUGUGAUAUCAACUUCUCAGACCCUGACGACCUCCUCAACUUCAAGCUGGUCAUCUGUCCUGAUGAGGGCUUUUACAAAAGUGGGAAGUUUGUAUUCAGUUUUAAGGUGGGUCAGGGUUACCCCCAUGACCCCCCCAAGGUGAAGUGUGAAACAAUGGUUUAUCAUCCCAACAUCGACCUCGAGGGCAAUGUCUGCCUCAAUAUCCUCAGAGAGGACUGGAAGCCGGUCCUUACGAUAAACUCCAUAAUUUAUGGCCUGCAGUAUCUCUUCUUGGAGCCCAACCCCGAAGACCCCCUGAACAAGGAGGCUGCCGAGGUGCUGCAGAACAACCGACGGCUGUUUGAGCAGAAUGUGCAGCGCUCCAUGCGGGGAGGCUACAUCGGAUCCACCUACUUUGAGCGCUGCCUGAAAUAGGGUUGGCGCCCAUCCCACCCCCGCCAGGGCCACCAGCCCCGGUGUCCCCAGCAGAUAUUUAUUGGGGGCCACAGGUGGGGGACAUGGGGCAGCCAGUGGGGGUUGUCCCCCUCCCUGGCCUUGCCUCCCCUCCCUGCCACCUGCCCCUCCUUAUUUUUUUUUAACCACCAUGUGAUUAAGGUUGGCGCUGCCUCCCCCGACCUACUCAGCGAUGGGAAAUGAAUUGGCUUAUCUAGCCCACGCUGGGUGCUCCCCAAACCCCACUCUGGGUACUCGGGUGGGUAGGCAAGGGGCCUGUGUAGCUGGGGACCCAGAACCCUGCCCUCUGCCACUGGCAGUCCACCAGGCUAUUAAAGGGGAAUGUUACUG